AUGGAUCCUGAAAAAGUGGAAGAAAGAACUACUGUGAUCACGGUAGAGGAUACCAAGGUUAUAGACGAAACCAAAAUCAAAUUUGCCAAAGUCUACCGCCCAGAAAGGACAAAAACGAUUCAAACAAUUGAUACUACAGGUUCACGUAGGCCAUCUAUUAGCGCUCCUAAACGCCCCGAAAAGAAGCGUAAAGCCGAUAAAAAGAAUGUUGACAUCACUGAGCAUUUACUCUCUGCAGAGGAAUGUGCAGCCAAAUAUAAUACGCACAUAAAUACUAAAAAGGCUUCAGAAUCAAAGGGUUUAACCACUCAACAAGCCGCCAACGUCUUGGCUGAAACAGGUCUUAAUCAGCUUUCUCCUCCCAAGAAGAGACAUCCUAUCCUCAAGUAUAUUGACUGUGUACUCAAAUUAUUCAAUCUGCUCUUGAUUUUGGCUGGUAUUCUCGAUUAUAUUUUAUUAGCCAUCAAUUUCCAAGAAAACUUUGCUAACACAUAUCUCGGUGCCAUUCUGAUUGGUGUAGCCUUACUUAACGCUUUUAUUGAAUUCUAUCAAGAACAAAAAUCACAGGCCUUACUUGAUUCCUUCCUCAACAUGGUUCCUGCCAAAUGCAUGGUCAUUCGUGAUGGUAAAGUACAACAGAUUGAUGCCGUUAACCUUGUUAUUGGUGAUGUUGUCAUGGUUCGAAUGGGCGAUAAAGUGCCUGCCGAUCUUUUUCUCUACCAAGCCUCCGAUCUCAAAGUUGACAAUUCUCCGCUCACAGGUGAAUCUGAUCCCCAGGAACGUGGUCCAAAUAACACUCAAAAGAAUGUCUUUGAAGCUGAAAAUAUUAUAUUCAAUGGUACCUUGGCUGUAUCUGGUGAAGGUUAUGGUAUAGUCGUCAGAACAGGUGACAAUACGGUGCUCGGUCAAAUUGCUGGUUUGACAGCAGGUGAAACUAAAGAAGAUUCUCCUCUCUCCAAAGAAAUCGCUACUUUUGUCAAGAUUAUUGCUUCCAUCGCCUUGAUUACCGCUGCUAUAUUCUUUGGUAUCGGUUUCCCAGUCAACAAUAACAACGUUUCCUUGACUUUGAACUUUGCUAUUUCCGUCUUUGUCGCUUGGGUCCCAGAAGGUUUACCUGCCACCGUGACCAUUUUGCUGACAAUCUCUGCCAAACGUAUGGCUGCCCGUAAUGUACUCGUCAAGGAUUUACAAGGUGUAGAAACCUUGGGUGCUAUCACUCUUUUGGCUACAGACAAAACAGGUACCUUGACCCGUAAUCAAAUGACCGUCACCUAUAUCUGGUCUUGCCUCAAUUUGAGAAAUGUUAUGGAUAAACAAACAAUGUCAGAAAAGGCCAUUCAGAUACCUGGUGUCCGCGAGAUCUUGAAUAUUUCAACUCUCAACUCACGUGCCAAAUUUGAUCGAGUCGAUGUUCCAGUCUCCCAAAGACAGAUCCUUGGUGAUGCUACAGAAACUGGUCUUGUCCGCUUUGCUGGUGAGCAAUUUGGUGAUCUCUUUGAUACUUUACCUGAUCAAUAUCCCAAGGUUUUUGAGAUACCUUUCAACUCUGACAACAAGUGGGCCAUGACUAUCCACAGAAUGAAGCAUGAUAAUGGUGAUCUGACUCUUUAUGUCAAGGGCGCCCCAGAACGUGUGUUGAAACUUUGUGACUCUAUCCUGACCGAAUCUGGCUCUAUUCCACUCACUCAAGAACACCACAAUGCCUUCCAGGAAACCUAUUCUUAUAUGGCUGGUCAGGGUCACCGUGUCUUGGCAUUUGCUCAGGUCUUGCUUGAUGGUCAAGAAUACCCUGCUGAUUAUGUAUUUGACAAGAACCAAAAGAAUUAUCCCAUGUCUGGUAUGACCUUUGUCGGUUUAGCCUCACUUGAGGAUCCUCCUAAACACGGUGUACGUGAAGCUAUUGGUAAAUGUCGUGCUGCUGGUAUCAGAGUCAUGAUGGUAACUGGUGAUCAUCCUUUAACGGCAGAAGCUAUUGGUCGCAAGAUUAAUUUGAUGGUAGGCGAGACAAAGGAAAUGGUUGCUAAGCGUACGGGACGUUCUGUGGAAGAGGUCUCUGAAGACGAGUACAACAGCAUUGUCAUUCACGGUGACAUGAUUGAUGGUUUGACUGAUGAUGACUGGGACAAUAUCUUUUCCAAGGACGAAGUCAUCUUUGCUCGUACUUCUCCCAAGCAUAAACUGGAGAUUGUCAAACAUGCACAGGCCUUACGACAUAUCGUUGGUGUUACUGGUGAUGGUGUGAAUGACGCUCCUGCAUUGAAAAAGGCUGAUCUUGGUAUUGCAAUGAAUAUUUCUGGCUCAGAUGUCUCCAAGGAUGCAGCUGCCAUGAUUCUUCUUGACGAUAACUUUGCUUCUAUCAUUCAUGGUAUUGAAGAAGGUCGACUUAUUUUCACCAACCUCAAGAAAUCCAUCAUGUACACCAUCACCCACUCUAUGCCUGAGGUCAUUCCAAAUUUGCUUUACAUUAUUGUACCAUUACCUCUUCCUCUGUCUGCUAUUCUUAUCUUGGUGAUUGAUCUUGGCUUUGAAUUGUUUGCUGCUCUUACUUUUGCUUGGGAUGUUCCUGAAACAAAGGAAGGCCUUAUGAAACUACCUCCUCGUAAGCCAGUUACGCCUGAUUCUAUUGAUCGUUACCGUCGUUAUCUUCAUCGCAGAGAACGUUAUGUUCAGUAUGAUGAGUCAGGCGAAGAAGUACGUCCUAAUGUGUUCCGUCGCAUGUACAACAAGCUUCAUGAGUUAACCACAACUGCUUACUGGAAAGAAAAGUUUGAAAAAACCGAUGACGAAGUCUUGGUCGAUCUCCCCCUUUUAUCAUGGGCUUAUCUUGAAAUCGGUAUCAUUGAAGCCAUUGGUUGUUUGACAGCUUACUUUGUCGUUCUUUGGUAUAAUGGUAUUACACCUUAUGAUGCAGUGAUCAUGCAGCGUGGAGCAUCCUCUCCUACCAACUACUUUGCCAAUGGACCCAUCUAUGCUCGUGAUUAUCUCACUGCUACUGGUAAACUCUUGAAUGCUGAAGCUCAACACCGCGCUCUUGGACAGGCUCAAUCUAUUACCUACUGGAGUGUAAUGGUUAUGCAAAUGUUCAAUAUGUUUGCCUGUAAGACACGUUUCUCUAUGCCUAUUGGUCGUUACAUGUUCUCAAACAAAUGGACCUUUGCUGGUAUCCUUGGUGGUGCUUCUUUAGCAACCCUCAUUGUCUACUGUCCACCUUUCAAUAUUCCUUUUGGUACAGAAUAUCAUCUGUUGCCUCUCUGGUGGUUGAUUCCAGUUGGUUUUGGCUUUAUCAUUAUUGCUUAUGCCUGUUUACGUAUGAAAGUCAGACAGAGACUCAAUCCUAUCAACUUUAACCCUGAAAUCCAUGGUUUACGUAUGCAUCCUACUAUCUUUACGGUAGCUACCACAGAAUCUGGUCAUCGUAUGGCAUAA